AAUUGCAAUCCCUCCACCAUUUUCUUGUCUAAACUUCCAAUAACCAUAAAUAUUGAGUUGUUUACCCCCCAAGCAACCGAGUGAGUCUACCCACCGGAAACCAUGCUACUACGACAAACCACCAGAGCAAUAUCACCUCUCUCUCUCCUCCCUUCCCUCUCUUUCUCUCUCCUCUUCCCUCCAAAACUCUCCUUCUUAAACCCUAAACCCUGCUUAAACCCUAAAUUCGCCAACCUCACUUCCAAUUCCAGACCAUUUUCUCUCUCCUCUGCAAUUUCCCCAAUUUCUUCGAGCAAUUCUCAAACCCUAGAUUUCGAUGUCGAACCUUAUUUAUCGUGUUCUAUGCCUGGUAAGCGCCUCAAAGUUGCCGUUCUUAUUAGUGGUGGCGUCGAUAGUAGCGUCGCUUUGAGACUUCUUCAUGCUGCUGGUCAUUCUUGCACUGCUUUUUAUCUCAAAAUUUGGUUUCAGGAGGACUUUGAAAACUUCUGGUCAGAAUGCCCAUGGGAAGAUGACUUGGGAUAUGCUAAGGCUGUGUGUGAUCAGGUUGAUGUUCCAUUGGAAGUUGUGCAUCUGACUGAUGAAUACUGGGAAAAAGUGGUCUCUUACAUCAUUGAAGAGUAUCGGAAUGGCCGUACUCCUAAUCCUGAUGUUCUCUGUAAUACAAGAAUAAAAUUUGGUGCAUUCAUGGAUGCUAUCAGUAGUAUGGAUUUCGAUUAUGUAGCCUCAGGACAUUAUGCAAAUGUGAUUCAUCCAUCUGCUGGCGCACUGAAUAAGCAUUCUAUUCUGGAGCUGUCAAGGGAUAUGGUCAAGGAUCAAACUUAUUUCCUGUCGCAUCUUGAUCAGAGUCAGCUUAAACGCCUUAUAUUUCCUCUGGGACAUACAUCAAAGGAUGAGGUCCGUAAACUUGCCAGCAUAUUUGCUCUUCCAAACAAAGAUAGGAAGGAUUCACAAGGGAUUUGUUUCCUUGGAAAAAUAAAAUUCAGUGACUUUGUUGCACGGCAUAUCGGUGAGAAUGAAGGAGUCAUAUUGGAAGCCGAGACAGGAGAUUUUCUUGGGAAGCACCGUGGAUUUUGGUUCUACACAAUUGGUCAACGGCAAGGUCUACGCCUUCGGGGACCAUGGUAUGUUGUUCAGAAGGACACUAAAAACAAUGUUGUGUUUGCGUCAAGAAACUAUUAUUCAGUUGAUAAAAGAAGACGUGUUUUUCGCGUUGGGUCUUUGAAAUGGCUUGGUGGGUUGCCUUCAGACAAUAUGAGUGAGCUGCAGUGCAAGGUUCGGCAUGGUCAGCUUUAUUGCUGCAGUUUGAGAAUAGUAGUUGGUGAAAACUGCGAUGGAGAUGUUGCUGUUGUCCAUCUAUCAGAAGAUGAUCAAGGCUUGGCGGCUGGGCAGUUUGCUGCCUUCUACCAAGGAAAGAUGUGCAUAGGCUCUGGUGUAAUACUCGAGUUUUGGGAUGAUGAAGGUUUUCCAGUGUGUGAGAAGGCUCUUGAAAUCGCUAGAAUGGAAGACAAGUCAAAGCUCGGAAAACCUGUAAAAAUUAAGGUUAAACCAGAGGGUCCUGAUGUGGGUACCAACGAGAACAACGGAAGUAUCCAUCCUUCAAGUGCGAGUAGUAAACGAGUAGACGCUGAAGAGGAGGUGACUGAUAGCUUAUCGCCGAAUUGGAUGCAACAGGUGAAACAGAAAAUUUUGCAGUUGUUUUAGAUUUUCGCGUAUGUUGUACACUUGUGCUAGAGGAUGAUGUGCGCCAAUUUUGUAAAUGUAGUUCAUCUAUUUGUUUCCUAGAGACAACUUAGCAGAUCCCACAGGGCAUAUAUUACUCUCACGUAUUGCCAUAUUUGCCAAUGUACAAUAGUGACCAUCAAUUUUUUCUCAAUAAAAUUUAUGAAAAGCUAUAUUUGGAAAAUAUAUGCUAUUAUUAUUAUUA